CACCGUAUCUAUCCGCAAUAAUGUUAAUCAGCUCUUUUGUUACUCUGUCCCUUUUGGCAAGUCAGGCUUCUCUAGCUCUUGCUAAAGCAAACCUACCGCCUAUCCCAGCCGACAAAAGCACACCAAUUCAUCAACGACUUUCGUUAACGGCUCCACAGACAAUCUCUGUUGCUUGGAAUACGUAUGAGAAACUCGCAAAGCCAUGCGUGCAAUACGGUGAAUCGGAAUCUUCGCUCACUCAAACAGCAUGUUCGACUAGCUCGGUAACAUACAAAACUUCACGAACGUGGGCAAAUUCAGUUCGAAUUGAUGGGUUGAAACCGGCAACAAAAUACUACUACAAAAUCGUUUCUACCAAUUCAACUGCUGACUUUUUCCAAACUGGACGUGAAGCUGGUGACAUGACUCCUUUCACAAUGGUCACCUUGGCUGAUUUGGGUGUUGUUGGACCGGAUGGAUAUACGUUGAACGGGGACGCAUCAAAGCGUGAUACGAUUCCGCAAGUCGAUCCAUCUCUUGAGCAUACUACAAUUUCACAAUUGGCAAAAAGCGUUGCAGACUACGAAUUCAUCAUUCAUCCAGGCGAUUUAGCAUACGCCGAUGAUUGGCAAGAAAAAACCCAUAAUCAAGGUGACGGUCAAAAUGCUUACGAAGCAAUCAUAGAACAAUUCUAUGAUCAACUUGCUCCUGUUUCAGGCCGUAAACCUUAUAUGGUCUCACCUGGAAACCAUGAAGCAGAUUGCAUAGAAGGUGGUUAUAAGCUUGGUGUUUGCCCACAAGGCCAAUACAACUUUACCGAUUUUAUGAACCGAUUCGGAGCAAUUUCACCUGCCGCUUAUCCUUCAUCUUCCCAAAAUGCAGCAGCAAUUGCAAAUGCCAAAAAGGCAAGAUCUUUAGCCGUUCCACCAUUUUGGUUCUCAUUCGAUUAUGGUCAAGUACAUAUUGCCAUGAUUGACACCGAAACUGAUUUCACAAAUAGUCCAGAUGGACCAGGCACAACUUUGGAUGCAGGUAAUUUCGGAUCUGUCGGUCAGCAAAUGGCAUUCUUGGAAGCUGAUUUAGCAAGUGUUGAUCGUAGUGUCACUCCUUGGGUCAUUGUUGCUGGACACAGACCAUGGUACACUGCCGGCAGCGGAGCAUGUAAGCCUUGCCAAGCUGCAUUUGAAAAGACGUUGUACAAGUAUGGCGUUGAUCUAGCAGCAUUUGGUCACGUUCACAACUUACAGAGAUAUGCUCCCGUCUACAACAAUACUGCCGAUGCAGCAGGAUACAAUAAUCCUAAAGCUCCAAUGUACGUUGUUAUUGGUGGGGCAGGAAACAUCGAAGGGCAUUCAAGUAUCACCCCACGUCAAUCUUAUAACGAAUUCGCAUACAAUGAUUCGUUUGGAUAUGGAACGUUGACUUUCCACAAUCGAACCCAUCUCGAAGUCAAAUUUAUCAACUCUGUCAAUGGAAGUGUGCUAGAUCAAUCCAUGUUGUACAAAGAGCACAAGGAUAAUUUUGUCAACCAAUCAUAA